UUAUAAUUUUUUUUUAUGAAUUCCCUUUUAUUCUAAAAGGUAUGCUAGUAAAUUCAUAAUGACCUGUAUAUUAAAAUAAUAAAAUUUAAAUGUUAGUAUAUACUCGUUUGUAGUGACUCUAAAUAUAAGUGACCGUUAUGUAAUUGACCCUUCAGAGAUAGAUAAAAAAACACGUGGCUUUUCUGUAGAUAAAAUAUUGUUAAAAUGGAUGAACGGUGGAACAAUUAACUUUGUAAUUCCCGCUGUAGUUUCCCUGAGCAAACGUCGCUCUUUCUGCCGGACUCCAAAGAAACCGUCGAAAUCGCAGAAUCCAAAAAGCUCCGUUACCGGCCAAGGAAAUGGCUCCAAUGCCGCCCAUCGUUGUCAGCGGAGAAGUCCCACUUUCCGCUCCCGCUCCCGCUCCUCUCAGUACAAAAACGCUUCAUCAACUUCCCAAUUCCCAGCAAUUCUCGCCUGAAACCCUAAGAUGGACGCCGUUGGCUUAGAAAUAGUUCUGAUCACCGGCUGCUCGCAAGGAGGCAUCGGCCACGCCGUGGCGAAAGAGUUCGCCGCCAAAAACUGCCUGGUAGUGGCCACGAGCAGGUCCUUGAGCUCGAUGCAGGACUUGGAGCAGGACGAGAGGUUCUAUCUCCAGGAGCUCGAUGUGUCCUCCGAGGAGAGCGUGCAGCGGGCGGUGGCGAACGUCAUCGAGAAAUACGGGAGAGUGGAUGUUCUGGUGAACAACGCCGGGGUUCAGUGCGUCGGCCCUAUUGUCGAGGUCCCGCUUUCUGCCCUGGAGAAUACCAUCAAUACCAAUGUUUAUGGUCCCAUGAGGAUGAUUCAAGCUGUUGUUCCACACAUGGCGUCGCGAAGAAAGGGAAAGAUCGUGAACGUAGGAAGUGUCAUAGUCCUGACGCCUUUCCCUUGGACCGGUGCAUAUGCUGCGUCUAAAGCUGCUCUUCAUGCAUUAACAGAUACCUUGAGGUUGGAGGUGAAGCCACUGGGGAUUGAUGUGAUAAAUGUGGUUCCAGGAGCCAUCCAGUCAAACAUAAUGCCCUCAGCUGAGGUUCGUUAUAUUUCAGAGUGGAAACUAUACAAGCAAUUUGAGCCAGUGAUGAGGCGGUUUCUCACCCAAGGCAGAGUGGGCACCCCAACCGAAGAAUUUGCAAAGCAAACCGUUGCUGCCAUCCUGAAAAAGCACCCUCCUGCAUGGUUCUCCUCGGGCAAGUUCUCGACCAUCCUCGGCAUCGCUUACUAUUUCCCUCUUCGUGUCAAGGACUUGAUGGUGCAAUCUUUUCUGAAACCCUGAAGAGAGUUUCUUCCUUUCUAUUCUUCGCUGGGGAUCAGUCUUUCUUUCUCUGCAGCUUCUGAUACAGACUGUUCUUCAGAUUUAGCAUAGUCCAUAUCUAUAAUGGCUUCCUUUCCUCCUGCAUGACUUGUUGCAUCAUGUAGAUGUUAAGGGUCUGCAACUGUCUUGUUCCCUUACAGUGUUAAAUCUGUUAUGAAAGUAUAUCUUGAUGAUUUAUUGCGGAAGUUAGUUGUACUCUGCAAGUCCUUUGUCGUAUUGAUAAUAAACUCUGUUUUGGCUAUGGAUUUCUGAUGAGUACUUCUGGCCGGGUUGUUUAGGCAUUGACACCUGCUCUGCUGCCAUGGUUUUGAGCUUCUUGCUUAAUGCUAACCUAGUCAUGAUAAGUUAACACCAGCCAGUAAUCCUAGAACUGUUGUUAGUUCAAUUUGUAGUAAAGCUGGGAGGAGUCUACACAAUAAACUAGUGAUCCUGCUGAGGUAGUGGCUGAGCUUCAAUGCAACUUGCUUGUAGUCUGAGUCACCCGGGAACAACUUUCUGAUUUUGGUUAAAGACUCAUAGCAGAAUAGUUUAAUACAUCAAACUUCAAAAUUAGCCACUAAUCAGACCAGUACUGAAUAUAAUAAGACUGGUGGUCUGAAAUGAAAUCGAACGAAAAAGCCUGCAGAAGUUCAUGAUGUUUCUCUCAGAUGCAGGUUAGAAAGUGAAACUACUGGGGGAUUGAUGUGCUGAUGUAGUUCCUGGAGCUAUUCAGUCAAAUAUAAUGCCCUCAGCUGAGGCUAAUUACAAUACUGAGGGGAAACUAUUCAAGCCAGCAAUGGGAAGGUUUGUCUCCCAAGGCAGAGUUGGCAUCCCCCUUGCAUGGUUCUCAUCAGGCAAAUACUGGCCAUUCUGCACCAUUCGCCACUUCGUAUCGAGGAUUUUCUUCUGCGAUAAUCGCGAUCUUUAGAGCACUGUGUAUUUUAUGGUGCGGUUAACCGAUUUGCUUAUAAACAUCGAUCUUUUUAAUCGUCACGUUGAUUGUAACUUAUUAUAAGCGGUCGACCGCGUUCUUCUUACUUGCAAUGAUUUGAGUCCAUAUUUGUAACUGUACCACUCGGUCACCGUUUUGGGAUGUGGUCGACCUUUUUGUGAAUGCAAUUCGAAAUCACAUAUGCAAUUUUAAAGUAUUGUAUCAAAUAUGUAAAUUAUAUUACACUGCUGCAGUCUUAUAAUAUUUUUUAUUAGAUUUCCCUACAAUGGCUACGUUACGAUGAAAAAUACUGUACAUGCCAUGUUAAAUGUGAUCAUAACUCCAAAGGUAAAGAUAUUACCGCUAGAUUAAACUCAUAUUCGAGCACUUAUAUUAAUCUUCAAAUUAGAAACUAAUUACGGUAUUACCGCUAGAUUAAACCCACAUUCGGGCACUUAUAAUCUUUGUCUUACUCUUUGGACGUGUCCAAACAACCUGAAAUAUGUUUCCUUUUCUGUGAGCCCGUUGGCUUGGCGGCUCUCUCCCACUUGGAAAGAGUGGACCUAAUUAGGCGCAUCCAUAGAAUAAUAAAAGUAAAUUGUGAUUGGUUUAGCUUUACUAAUCACAGAUUAGAGUGUUUGAUGUAGUGGCUUGGCCAUAUAAUUAGUGGUGAAAGAGAGGAAGUCAAAUUAGUUGGGCAUCAAUCAAAUGAGUUGUCAGAGUUUCGCUGUUAUAAUUGGAGGAUAACAAUAAAAUAUUAUUUACAAAUUUUUUUUUCAUAGUUGAGACUAAAUUGGUACACAGAAUUUUAUGGUACGAAACGGUUGAACUACUUGGUUUCUAUACAAAAAGGUCUAUUACUAAUUUUUCCAACAAACCAAAGGAAGCAAAUUAAAUUACCAUGGUGGU